AACUGCCAGGUGCCUUCACGACAAAGACUUUUUCAAUAAAUAAAAAUUCCCACACUCCUAAUAUCACAAAGUGGGACAAAUCAGUAAUUUCACAUUUUAACACUGGUUAAAAGCAAAAGAACCUUCUUGCUUCAACCUUGUCAAUUAAGAAAUACUCCUCUUGUGUGAAAUCACAACAUAAAAAGAAGAAAAGCAACAAAAAUUCAGAGAGAAAAAUGGCGUUGCAGUGGAUGAUAUUGACAUACGUUGUGGCGGCAGAGGCAGCCUUAGCUAUUCUGCUAACAUUGCCAUAUCCAAAAGCACUCAAAAAUCGUUUCGUUUCACUAAUUUCACUUACCCUUCAGCCUUCACUGUUCAUAAUACCCUUUGCCGGUUUUCAGCUCCUUGAUAUAUAUUGGAAGAAUGAGCAUCGGUUGAUGUGUACUGGUGAGAUCUGUACUGCUGCUGAGAGAGACCGCUACGAGAGAUCGAUCUACAAGGCUCAAAGAAACGCUAUUCUGUGUGUAGCAGCAUGCCUCCUCUACUGGUGUAUCUAUCGUGUCUGCAAGUACUACAAGGAGAUUCAGAGCAUUGAGGAGGUGGAAAAGAGACUCAAAGACGAGUAGGUCUUCUAGGCUGCAGCUCGUUCCACUAGUAUUCGAGUCUAGUUGUAGCGUAGCGGUGCCUAGUGUGAGCCUUUUAAAGACUUUGUAAUGUGAUAUGAAUCUCGUGUUUCGCUUUGAUACUGCCAUCUACUGGCAUCCUACAUGUUCUUUACAGUGAUACAUUUUUCAUAUUCGAUGUGUUCUUAGGUUUUUGUGUCUUCCUCCUCCACGAGGUGGUUCUUUUUAAUUCUAAAAACAUAAAUGUAAGUGGUGCUACCACAAUCACCUAUAUACAAUUGUACUAUCUUCUUUCA